GGUCAAACAGGCUCAGGAGGAGGUUCUCUCUUGUCCUACCUCUUCGCUCCCGGCUCCCCUCCAUCUCUUUCGCCACACGCGCGAGAGGGGGGAGAGGAAACAGCUAGCAGCGAGCGAGGAACGAAGAGGGUGCUUCGCACGUGCAUGUGAGAUCGGGCGAUCCCGAUCGUCGGCCGGCGCGAACUAACGACGACGUACGUGCGACCGGGCCGGGCGUUGUAGGACGGCGCGCGCGAUGGGCAAGAUCGAGUACGGCGUGGUGGCGCGCGGCGCGGUGGUGCUGGCGGAGCACUACGGCGCGGCGGCGGCGGGCGGCAACGCGGGCGCCGUGGCGCGGCAGGUCCUGGAGCGCCUCCCUGGCGGCGGCGACGACGACUGCAACGUGUCGUACACGCAGGACCUCCACGUGUUCCACGUCAAGCGCACCGACGGCCUCACGGCGCUCUGCAUGGCCGACGACGCCGCCGGGCGGCGUGUCCCCUUCGCGUUCCUGGAGGACAUCCACGGGAGGUUCGUCAAGGCGUACGGCCGCGCGGCGCUCACCGCGCUGGCGUACGCCAUGAACGACGAGUUCUCCCGCGUUCUGGCCCAGCAGAUGGACUACUACUCCAACGACGCCAGCGCGGACAGGAUAAAUCGCAUGAGGGGAGAGAUGGACCAGGUCCGGAGCGUGAUGAUGGACAACAUCGACAGGGUGCUGGAGAGGGGUGACCGUCUGGAGGUGCUGGUGGACAAGACGGCAACCAUGCAGGGGAACACGAUGCGCUUCAAGCGCCAAGCUCGCCGCUUCAGGAACACCAUGUGGUGGAGGAACGUCAAGCUCACAGCUGCAGUGAUAUUCAUCCUCACCGUAAUUGUGUACGUCCUGCUCGCCUACAUGUGUCGCGGCUUCACCAUACCGUCAUGCUUUCCGUAAUCUCCAUCCGUCCCGGUGCCAGUGCGGACCACCAGCCCUAGCUCUAGCUGCAUCACAACUUGGUUUUCCGGGUUCUGUAACAGCAGCAGCGGUGCUGCAGUUCUUUCUCUCUUGUACGAGGGAAACAACAGCUCAUUCUGAAGUUCUGCAACAACCAGAUCUGAUUUUUUUUUUAAAAAAAAGAUGGUAGUCAAAUGGGAAAGCUUUCCCACCUGAUUUUUUAUCAUUAAACACACGAACUUCUGAAAACAGAGCAAAUGUGCAGUCGUGGAAGGCCGAGCUCCUCUCCGUGAGGAGAAAGAAACCAAUACGGCAGGCAGACUUGGUUAAUAUUUCAUAAAUGAUACUCUCAUACGGAGU